GCACGAAAACUGCACGUCCCUAUAGCUACCCCUGCUGCUCUGAGAAUGGCGAAUCCCUUAGUGGCUCACCUCAAGUCUUCUGUCAAGUCUAAUGCCCCUCUACCGCAGCAAACAGCAAGCCUCAAACAGAUGUUCGCAAGACUUACAGAUCCUAAUGAGAGCCCUGUUAGCAUUCGAGAGUUAACAGGAAUCUUAUAUGAAGAUCUCAAAGCAGAGAGACAGACACUAGAUGUCAACAACCCUCGCUUCACGACCUUUGCUCAAGCAUGCGUGGACGCUGGGAUAGUGCGCACCAUGAUGGCCAUUGCGUGGCAAGAGUGGCCCGGGACAGAUGAUACCAGGUCGAGAUACAUGUCUCAGUACUGGUGUAUAGAGUGUCUGGCCUCGUUGAUGAGGCUGGGCGACGUAGGUCAACGGCGAAGUAUGCUAGAUGAGCUGCUUCAAGGGGGCAUCUUGAACUUGUGCUUGCGAAACUUGCGUGAAGAUCGACUUUCUCUGAUGCGGCAAAGCGCGACCUAUACUCUCCAUCUUCUUGCAGUAGCCAGCCCAUUAGGGGAGAAGAUCUCCGCAGCCGCCGCUGCCGAAAUCAUCGAGGUCUUAUGUAUGUACGUGCUCGAAGGACCAAAUCACGCUGUCAGUCAGAUGUGGGAUCGUUCAACCACGUGGCAGAGCUCAAUGAUGAUGGGUCGAGAAGAUAUACAUCCGAGCCAGUCAAGCAAAUUCGCCCAUAGAUUUUACGCAAUGGGUCAGGACAGCGCCAUUCAGGCAGCGCACGGCAUCAUUUGCACCACUCCUCCGCAGUCACGCCAGGUUUGCCUCGAGAUCGUGAAGAGGAAACCGCAUAUAUUUGACUUGCUCUUGGACUGUGCGAUCCUAGAGCGUCCGCGGUGGUAUCCGGAAAGUCAGGUGGGGCACAUUGCCUGCGAACUGCUUGUUCUUCUCUUUCACUGGCCGGGCUACAUGGUUCCCGGUGUCACACCGCUAGACAGAGGGUCGAAGAAUUCAGACUGGAAGGCGAUGUUGCAGACCAUGACCAUCUUUACGUCGCGUCCAGACUGGGCCGAAAAGAUUCACGAGGUUUGGAUGCGGAUACAAGAGGAAGACAUGGAGACAGUCAUGCGGAAUUUCUCAAGGGUAGUACCUGACUAUGCUGCCUUUGACGAACCAGGACCGGAGAGCUUUGCCAAGGUUGCCGAAUCCCGAGGCACCUGUCGGGUAUGCAUACUACGAAUCAUCAGCACACUCACGCACGCAGCUGAGUCGUGUGGCAUCACCAACGCUCACAUAGAAUCGUUCCUACACAUUGCAUACCUGGGCUGCCGCAAGGGCGGCAAAUAUCCUGAAGAUUGCCGCACGCAAAAGGAGCUUCUUGCUUCCCUCGAACAUGAGGAGGAAGUAUUUGCCCAUCCCCACGAAGUCGCAUCCGGGCAUACACCAACGGAAGACCCGUUCGCGGUCGCACCUCAACGAGUCCUUGGUCCCACUACGCUUAUCCGAUUACUCACUAUUCUCGCGCAGAGAAAGGCUCUCACAGGCAUACAAACGCUACGGAAGCCACCAAACGGGCUCUCAUCGUCGACUUCGCUCAGCCAUAUCCAACUGAUUACCCACCCGGAUGUCAUCCGUCGAGCCAUCAAGAUCUCGCAGCGACGCAUACUUGACCGUAUCGACCGCGGGCGCAAGCGUCAGGCGAGCGGCAAAGAUGAUCCAAGCCUCAGUUCGGCGUGCUCGAUCUUCACGAGCGCCGGUGAGCUCGCGGCUGCACUACUUGCACUGGAUGAGCAUACGGAGAAAAUUUACUCGGCUGAGAUUCGCGGGGCACGAAAGCAGCUCGUGAUCACACUGGGGAAUGCGGCACAAAUGAUGCUCAAUCUCAGGCACUACCAACGAGCCUAUCACUUGGCCAUAUGUGCGGUCAACGCAGCAGAAGGGAUUCCAGCCAACGAAAACUUGGAUCCAGAGGUCGUUGAAAAGAACAAGCGGCGCGUGGAUCAGGCCAGCGCUGAACUUCGACAGCACCGCUAGGGUUUUUACUACGUGACCCUCAGAGAGACGGUCACAAUCAGUCUGUGUCGGGGUGGUGCAAAUAUAGUUCAAUUUUAUCCGGAUAUCACCAGAUGUUCAUAUAGCAUUCAAGUUAUUCGCUUCCAACUAUAUUUGGAUUGAAAUCGAAGGGCAGGUAAAGAUGUGGUGGCUUGAUAAAUGGGAUCAGUGUGGGAGAACACUCGCAAGCACUCCGGGUGCUGCCAUGUGAGAACGAUAAUCCAGCUUUUGCGUCUACCUCACUCCUGGACUGCCUUUGCUCGUAUCACAUUGACACUUUCGACUAUGUACGCAGAGACUGAACUCUCAUAUAUCGAGGACGAACUUCAUGCCCCAGAGCCUCACCGUUCCCAGAAUCUCAGAAGGGUAUACGCGAGACUCCAGGAUCCACAUGAAGACCCAAUUUAUCUGCAGAAAUACACGACAUAAUAGGCUGCGAUUCACGAGUCGUUUCAGAUCGCUAACGUUGAAGGAGACAAUGACGUGCUGAACGCAUUCUCACGCGCUUGCCUUAACGGCGGAUUAGUCCCGUCAAUGAUGAUCCUUGUACGCCGAGAGUGAUCCGAACCUCGUGUACCCAAAGAAAAGUACAUCGCCCAAUACUCGGCGCUGAACUGUCUAUGCACAUUUGUGCAGAACGCAGACGCAGAAGAAAGGAAAGCUGUCUUGAAGGAGAUGUUGCAACUCGGAGUUAUUGAGACCUGCGUGCGAUUUUUAAAGCACCGGUUGUGUAUCUUGCAACACCUGGCUGCUAAUGCCUUACGGGCACUUGUUGAAGAUUCCAUGGGAGCCCAAGUUUCCUCAUCCUCCGCUGCCGAUGUCAUAGAGGCAGUUUGUAUCUACGCGUUGCAGCAGCCUGAUGAUUCCGUCGGACGACUACUUGGUCCCGAUAUGACGUGGCAGAGCUCGACGCUCAUUGGCACAGAGAACGCAUCUCCCGCAACUGUGAAAAUGAGCGCUCCUAGGGUCUUUGCCAUGACGCAAGACUCUGUCAUGUGGGCUGCCCAUGGCAUUAUGUACACGCAUUCCAUUCGACCACGUAGAUUCUGUCUCGAAGUCGUCAAGCACAAACCGCAAAUCUUUGAUCUAUUACUUGAAUGUGCUACUGUUGAUCGUCCUCGUUGUUUUCCAGAGUCUCAAGUGGCGGCAACAGCGUGCGAGAUUCUGUGCCUAUUAC